AUGAGCGAAACUCAGCACAAUCGAAAAUCAAAAUUUAGAACCGAUUCGAUUAAAGCCCAUCGCAUAUGCAUCGUUGGAAUGAAACCUUUGUUCAUCUACCCCAUCUCUCAAUCAUCCACCUGGUACAUCAUUAUAACUGAUACUCUGAACCAUUUUUAUUUCAAUGCCGACGAUGGCCAUGCAUAUUGGCAAUUGAGUGAUUUAGUUGAAAAGUAUGGUGUAGAUAUUGAGGAACUUCUUGCACAAGUUAAUUAUGAUCAGUUGGGGCUCCUUUUUGCCAGAUCAAGGGGCUUAAGAUUGAGAAGCCACAAGACAGACAAGAGUGGGGAAAAUGUAAGUACUGUCGGAGGCGAUCAAGAACAGCUACAUAUUAAAAAUGAAGUUGAAAUUGUAUAUGAAAACGAACCCGUUGAUAAAAAUGAAAACGAGACCAGUGAAAAGCUGAACCCAGUUGAAGAAACUUUUCAUGUGAAAUCUGCCGGUGGGAAGGGGAUUGUCUCGGGAUACUCAUCAAGUGAAGAUGAAGAAGAAGAUGAUGAUCAAGUAAAAGCUGAUGAAACACCAAGUCAUGGAGUCCAUCAAAAAGCCCCCACAAAUGACAAAGACAUUACAGAUGACAUAGUUUCCAAAGUCUUGGAUCAAAGGGAUGAUGAAGAGGAACAGUCCGAUAACCACAGCCAAAUCUCACUUGAUUUAUCAGUAGAUGACGAGUCGGAGGAAAAAAAAUCAGCUAUCGAGGAGUUUAAGCAAAUGUUGGAUAACUACUCAUCACAAAUAUCGUCAUUUGAUAGUUGGGAUAUUAUUGAAGAUCAACUAGUGAAUGAAUUUAUCAAAUAUCCUGUAUAUCAUGGAAUUGGGUCAAGAAGAGAGAAGCUGGAUAUUUUCCUCGACUGGGUUGACAAUAGAGAUCUAGAAGAAAAAGCGGAGGAUUUAUCAGAUGAGCAGGAAGAGGAAAUGGUGUUUCCAACUGGAAAGAUACAAUUGCUAUCCUUGCUACAAAACCACAAAGACCAAGUGAAAGCUUUAUUUUAUCAAGAGUUUUACACAUCUCAUUACAAAUCUAUAAACCAGAUUGAUCUACCGAAAUCGACAAAGGAAGAAACAUAUGGUAGUUAUAAACAGUUUAUUCAGGAUUUCGCCAAGUUUGAAAGAGACUUCAAAAAAACAGCAGAGUAUAAAAAGGGUGUCAAUGUCAAAGUAAUGAAGUUGGAUGAAUAUCUUUCAUCACAGGAAAGUUUCCCCAAGGGAACAUUUACUAUAUUUCCUGAAUUGUCCUUUUUCGACAAUUGGAUUCGAUUAUUGAAUCAAUUUUUCAAGAAUGAGGUCACAAUAGCGGAAGCGGAAAUCAAUUUUCUUCUCGGUGAUGAAAAAAGAUUAAAUAGUUAUGUAAGUAAGCUCAAUGCAUCGUAA